AUGAAUGUCACAAGUAAUGGUUAUUACACGUCCCAGUACUUAAAACAACAUUACGACGACAAUGAAGAAGUUGACAACCACAGCAACAUAAAACAACAACAAGUGGCACAUGAUUCUUUUUUAGCUGCGUCUCCUUCUUCUACUUCAAUGUCUCGUAAAGGAAUGUCAAUGGAAGUUAAAUCACCCGUUAUAACAAAUAUACGACCCAAAAAACCAAUUAAAUCUAAAUCAGAGUCUUUCAUCAUUGGAUCACGUCCCGUGAGUCCCAAGAGUCCAAGCAGCACGCUGCAAGUUGAAUAUAUUUCCGAUGACGACGAUUUAGGUGAAGAACUUACACCAGCCCAAUUGAAUUACAUUAAUCUGCAUUAUUACAUUCCACCCCUGAGACAGGGUAUGAUAAUUCCUGCCCCCCCUAAGAGAUCAAAGAAACCUCGGAAUAAAAAUGAUGAUUAUUAUAUCAAUCUCCAAAAACGAUAUGAUGGCGCCAAAGUAAUAAAACCAAAAUUAUAUACUCAUAAAACAUUUCAUGAAGUGUUUGUAGAUAAAGACGAAGAUAUAUCACGAUAUAAUCCUAUGGAUAUGGUAUUUGAAGGUAGUCCUGAAGACAACGAGAAGAAGAAACCGAUUUUUAAAAAGAUUAAAUUAUAUAAAGAUGAUUAUAAUGAUUAUAAUUAUUAUGAUCAUAGGGAGAAAGCUAAUCCUGCCAAAGAUGUUUUUGUUCAAGAAGUACAAUCAGAUGAUGACGUUGAUGAAGUGCUAUUUGGGGGUGCAUUAUUACCAGAAGACGAAGAACAACAGAAACAAGCAAAGAAGAAUAAUUUUAAGAAAUUGAUUAAGAAGAAAUAUCAAAAGGCUAAAAAGGAAUUAGGCAAAGAUUUUGAUGAAUUUACGAGGAAGCAGAGUAUAAUUGAUGCCCAAUUGAAGGAAGUCAGGGCGAAAGAACAGGCUGAGAAGAAAGCGAAAGCAAAGGAAAAGAAGAAGAGAAAGAAUAGUAAAUCGUCUGAAGGUGGUGGUGUCGAGGGAGAAAAGUCAAUCGAGGGAGAAACUCCAUCUGGGGGAGACAAGAAGGAAACCACCGAGACCAAGAAGGCACCCAAAGAAGGGGACAAUAAAAAAGAAGAACCCAAAAAGAAAGCAGACCCAAACCCACAAGAAUUCAGUCCAAUGUGGAACUAUAUACUAUCAUGGGUGGCCUAUCAAAACGAAGAUGACAACAAACCAGCAGCAGCAGCACCACCUGCCAAGAUCGAAGAACUCUCCAAUGAACCAGACUCCAAAUCCACCAAAUCAAAACGCUCCACCACCAAAGACUCCCCUGACUCUAAUUCCAAAGCACUCAUCCCUACAACCAAACGGAAAAAACUCAAAGGAUUAGCCAAAACCUCAAAAAAAUUCCUCAGCAACUGGAAUCAACCAGUCAUAACCGCCCUCAACCCGGCCCAAGCAAAACUAAUCACCACCCUUCCGCCCAUCCCCGAAAAAACCGCCAAAUCCAUCCACUCAUCCAUCCAUAGCACCAUUCUCGGCGAAACUGACAGCAAGGAAUUCGUGAUUGAAUAUGAUGAAGAUGAUGAGGAUGCAAGUAUUUCCGAAGAAUUAUAUUAUGAUCCGAUAUCGAAACAACUCCAACCCACUCCACCGACCUCAUUCUCCUCCCUAUCUCCGGAAGCAAAACAAAAGUCCCUCUCUAGUUCAUCCUCAGCUUCAUCAAUGCGGACAAUGAGGAACAUAGGGCUGAUGAAUCCCAUGCAGAGUAUUGCGAAUAAUAUCUAUAAUUUCGAUCCUAGUGGUCUGAUUGAAGUCGUAUCGAAAUUGAUCGAACUUAUUAAACGAAUUCAUAUUAUGGAAAUAUUAUUCAGUCCAAUCGAUUAUAUUGGGGAGAAUAUCCCUAGUUUACAAACUGUGGUUGUAUUUAUUGAAUUGGGGUUAUUUGUUUGGAUCUUGUUUGAGUUGAGUAGAUUGAUUGAUGCGGUUUGUAUGAUGAUAAAAGCGUUUUGUGCGCCGAUGAUUGCGAUUGGACGAUUGAUGAAUAAUAUUAUGUAG